AAAUCCAAGGUGAAAUCAUCCGUUCAGCGCGGUCUACGCCAAAAGUUCCUCGAGACGUAUCCUGGUUUCGAGCCUUAUAUCGAUGAAGUCAUUCCCAAGAAGGCGCAGUUGGAUGCUAUUAAGCUUCCCGAUCGCGCAACCCUCUACGCAAUCGACAACACCCCUCUCUUCUUCCAACGUUUCGACGACCCUCCCAUCCCCCACCUCCGUCUCCUCCACGCAUACCCAGAUACCAUCCCCACGGUCCAAAUCGACCGCGGCGCAAUCCGCUUCGUCCUCUCUGGCGCGGCGCUCAUGGCGCCCGGUCUAACGUCCGCGGGGGGACGUCUUCCUGAGAAAGAGCACGCGUUGCAAAAGGGGGACGUCGUGGCUGUGAAGGCGGAGGGGAAGGAGGAGAUUUGUCUUGUGGGUCCGUUGACGAUGGGGACGGAGGAGAUGAAGGAGAAGGGGAAGGGGGUUGCGAUGGAGCAGGGUCAUUAUUUGGGUGAUGGGUUGUGGAAUAUGCAUUUGUCGUGA